UCCCAUCAUCUCUCGCCAUGCGCCCAACACGCUCCCCUGUGCCGGCUACGGCGCUGCUCCUGCUUGCCGUGGCACUGGCACUGGCCGCCACGGCGGCGGCCCGCCACUUCUACACCACCACCACCACCACCCGCGUCCCGGCGCCAGCGGAGCGGGCGGACGAGGAGGUAAGGCGCAUGUACGAGGCGUGGAAGUCGAAGCACGGGCGCGGCGGCAGCAGCAACGACGACUGCGACAUGGCGCCCGGCGAUGAUGAGCAGGAGGAGGACCGCCGGCUGCGGCUGGAGGUGUUCCGCGACAACCUUCGGUACAUCGACAAGCACAACGCGGAGGCGGACGCUGGGCUCCACACCUUCCGCCUCGGCCUCACCCCCUUCGCCGACCUCACCCUGGACGAGUACCGCGGCCGCGUCCUCGGAUUCCGCGCCCGCGCCCGCCGCAGCGGCGCCCGCUACGGCCACGGCCACGGCUACCGCGCCCGUCCCCGCGGCGGCGACCUCCUCCCCGACGCCAUCGACUGGCGCCAGCUUGGCGCCGUCACCGAGGUCAAGGACCAGCAACAGUGCGGUGGGUGCUGGGCGUUCUCGGCGGUGGCGGCCAUCGAGGGGAUCAACGCGAUCGCGACGGGUAACCUGGUGUCGCUGUCGGAGCAGGAGAUCAUCGACUGCGACGCCCAGGACAGCGGCUGCGACGGCGGGCAGAUGGAGAACGCGUUCCGGUUCGUCAUCGGCAACGGCGGGAUCGACACCGAGGCCGACUACCCCUUCAUCGGAACCGACGGCACUUGUGACGCCAGCAAGGAGAACAACGAGAAGGUCGCCACCAUAGAUGGGUUGGUGGAGGUGGCGAGCAACAACGAGACGGCGCUGCAGGAGGCGGUGGCGAUCCAGCCCGUCAGUGUCGCCAUCGACGCAAGCGGGCGUGCGUUCCAGCACUACAGUUCGGGCAUCUUCAACGGGCCAUGCGGGACGAGCCUGGACCACGGCGUCACGGCGGUGGGCUACGGCAGCGAGAGCGGCAAGGACUACUGGAUCGUGAAGAACUCGUGGAGCGCCAGCUGGGGCGAGGCCGGCUACAUCCGCAUGAGGCGCAACGUGCCCCGGCCCACGGGCAAGUGCGGCAUCGCCAUGGACGCGUCCUACCCUGUGAAGGACACCUACCACGACCCCGGCACCGGCACCGGCACCGCCACGGCUACGGCAGCUGCCAUGGAUGUGAUCAAGAUGGUUCUUGCUUAGGAGGGAGCGAGCGGAGCAGGCAGCAGAGAGCCGAUGGUCUUGUCGUGUUGAACUUUACAUAUGGUAGCUAGGUACCACUGGGGAUAAUUAAGUUAAUCCGUUAUGGUGUGGCAAGUUAAUUAAUAUGUGCGUAUCUCUUUUGAUGAGUGCCAUAUAUGAUGUAAUGAAGUUACAUAAACUCAAAUAAAGUCGUAAUCGUAAUGGUAAA